AAAAAACACAACAUAUACGUUAAAGAGUCAAAAGUGUAAAGAAAUAUACCAAAAAAGGAUUUUUAAAUAUUGAUAAUGACUUAAGCUUUUAUAUGGUCCGCCAAGUGACUCGCAGGGCGAGCAAUCGCUGAACAAUGUCUGCGGUUGUUAUUCAGUCUCAUCACAUCUUCGGUCUCCGGGCCGGGGUGACCAAUAAUCUCCUGUACUUUGAUGAGCAAACUGUCAUCUUCCCAUCUGGAAACAACUGUGUGCGCUACAACAUUGACCAGAAAUGGCAGAAGUUUAUUCCAGGCACAGAGAGAAGCCAUGGCAUGCAAGCCCUGGCCAUUAGCUCCAACCGCCGCUACCUGGCCGUGUCAGAGAGAGGCGAGAAAGGCACCAUCACUGUGUACGACCUGCAGCAUGAGCAGAGCAGGAAGAGGAAAGUCCUGAGUGGGGGGGACUCCCCAGUGCAGGACUUUGUCUACAUGGCUUUCUCUCCAGACUCCAAAUACCUCAUUGGCCAAUCGGGGGCUCCAGACUGGACCCUGUUCUACUGGAUGUGGGAGAAACAAAAGGUGAUGGCCACAGUGAAGACUGGCACCACAACUAACCCUAUCUCCCAGGUUAGUUUUAAUCCUCAGGACAACACACAGAUCUGCGUGAGUGGAAAUGGGGUGUUUAAACUCUUCCGCUAUGCUGAAGGAACCCUCAAACAAUCCAACUUCCAGAAGCUGGAGGCUCACAACUUCCUGUCCCACAUGUGGGUGUCGGAUGAGAGAGUUAUUGUCGGCACAGAGACCGGGAGGCUCCUGGUGUUUGAGUCAGGAGAUCUGCGCUGGGAGAUGAGUGUGGUGCCAAAGUUAACCACUAGAGAUACUGACAGGUCAGUGGAAAAAAGCAUGCUGGAUGAGCCAAUGUCCACCUCUCUUCCUCAUGUCUCAGCCAUAACUGCCUAUUCCAAGGGGUUUGCCUGUGCAGCUGGGCCGGGGACAGUGUGCUUGUUUGAGAAGACAGACGAAAAGGACACAUAUAAGAGAACCAGGGAGAUCAGGAUUCCUUCAGACCAGUACAGUAAUGAGCCCAGCCUGGCAGAGCAGCAGGAGAUUUCUUCACUGUGUAUCAGCCCUUCAGAGGAAACCCUCGUUGCCAGCACUGACCGUGGCCAGCUCUACAGCAUUACCCUCUCCUCUGCAGAGAUGAGCAAGGGGGAGCAAGCACAGUUUGAGUUCCUGUCCCACUCCUUUCACUCUGGCAUCAUCACUGGUCUGUCCAUAUGCAUCCGUAAACCUCUCAUUGCCACCUGCUCUCUGGACCACUCUGUUCGAAUCUGGAGUUUUGAGAACAACACGUUGGAACUUUAUAAAGAGUUCCAGGAGGAGGCCUACAGCAUUGCACUCCACCCAUCUGGUCUUUUCAUCCUGGUGGGAUUCUCAGAUAAAUUGCGGCUGAUGAACCUGCUCAUUGAUGAUAUCAGGACCUUUAAAGAAUUUACCGUGCGGGGAUGCAGAGAGUGUGCUUUUAGUCAUGGUGGCCACCUGUUCGCAGCUGUCAAUGGAAACAUCAUUCACAUCUAUUCGACAACAACAUUUGAAAACAUCCUUAACCUGAAAGGACACAAUGGAAAGGUACGGUCCAUUGUGUGGAGUGCUGAUGACAGCAGGCUGGUGUCUUGUGGCAUGGAUGGAGCUGUCUAUGAGUGGAACACCCUCACCGGCAAACGGGAAUCAGAGAGCGUCUUGAAAUCCUGCAGCUACAAUGAUAUCACCAUCUCUUCUGACAGCAAGACCAUCUUUGCUGUCGGCUCAGACUGCACUCUGAAAGAGAUCACAGAUUGCCAGAUCCUGCGAGAAGUUUACUCUGAUGAUGUGGUAUACACCAGUGUAGUGAUGUCUCGAUCAGGACGAAUGUUGUUCACCGGCACAUCUCUUGGAACAAUUAGAGCCAUCAAAUACCCUUUACCAAUACAAAAAGACUGGACCGAGUAUCAGGCACAUGCUGCACCUGUGACAAAGAUGGUUAUUACAUUUGAUGACCAGUAUUUGCUGACAGUAUCAGAGGAUGGGUGUUUGCUGAUCUGGAAGAUAAUUGACAAAGAAGGACGAGGCCUAAAACGAGACAAAGAGGUCACCUAUGCAGAAGAGAUUCUCAUCACCAAGUCUGACUUGGAAGAGAAGAAUCAGGUCAUGCUGGAAUUGAAAACGAGGGUAGAAGAGUUGAAAAUGGAGAAUGAGUACCAGCUCCGACUGAAGGACAUGAAUUACAAUGAGAAAAUCAAAGAGCUGACUGAGAAAUUUAUCCAGGAAAUGGAGUCCCUGAAAACAAAGAACCAGGUUCUCAAAACAGAGAAGGAGAAACAGGAGCAGGCUCACGAAGAGGAGCUGGCAGUGGUGAUGGAAAAACACUCCAAAGAACAGCAGGACUUAGAGUCAGCGAACAACCAAAAGCUGAUGCUGGAGUAUGAAAAGUACCAAGAGCUGCAGGUGAAGUCCCAGAGAAUGCAGGAGGAGUAUGAGAAGCAGCUGCAUGAGAUGGAGGAGAGCAAGACCCAGGCACUGGAGGAGCUCACAGAGUACUAUGAGUCCAAGCUUCAGGAGAAACUGCUAAUGCUGGAGCAGUGUCAGGAUGAGUCACGGCAGCAGGUGCGAGAGUUCGAGGAGUCCAAGAAGCAGAUGGAGGAAGAUGGGGAUCGGGAGAUCCAGGACAUCCGCAUCAAGUACGAGAGACGACUGAGAGACGAGAAGGAGACCAACAUGCGACUGAAGGGUGAGACCGGAAUCAUGAGGAAAAAGUUCAGCAGUCUGCAGAAAGAGAUUGAUGACAGGAAUCUGGAGAUUGAAAAACUGAAGUCAGAGCAACAGAAAUUGCAAGGAGUCAUCAGAUCCCUAGAAAAGGAUAUCCUUGGACUAAAGAAGGAGAUCCAAGAGAGAGAUGAAACUAUCCAGGACAAGGAGAAGCGCAUCUAUGACCUGAAGAAGAAAAACCAGGAACUGGAGAAGUUUAAGUUUGUACUAGACUAUAAAAUCAAAGAACUGAAAAAACAGAUUGAACCAAGAGAGAAUGACAUUAAAGAAAUGAAGGAGCAGAUUCAAGAGAUGGAGAGUGAAUUAGAACGAUUCCAUAAACAGAAUACACAGCUGGAGCUCAACAUUACGGAGCUGAAGCAGAAACUGAAGGCCACUGACAAGGAGAUGCACAAGGAAAUGCAAAGGGUGCGAGAUGUGGAGGCUUUAGUAAGGAGGUUUAAAACUGAUCUGCACAACUGUGUUGGAUUUAUUCAGGAGCCAAAGAAACUGAAAGACAGCAUUCGAGAACUUUAUGACAGAUACGUCCAGCAAUCUGAUGUGGUGGACAUUGUGGGAGUAGAAGCAGAUAUCCAGCGUGAGUACACACGCCAGAGGGAACACCUGGAGAGGAAUGUGGCCUCCCUAAAGAAGAAGAUGCUGAAGGAUGCAGAGAUCCAUAGAGCCGACAAUGUCAAAAUCAUGCAGGAAAACGUCUGCUUAAUCAAGGAGAUAAAUGAUUUAAGAAGAGAGCUGAAGCUGGUGCGAACUCAGGUCCAUGAUUAUGAAGCAACAAUGGGGCUCAACAAAAAGAACAAGAAGCAGAAUCCAAUUGAAAUAAGAGCUCAUUCUGCAGAUGGCCAUGGAAGCAAAGCGGUGGCCCGGUUGGACUUCGAGCAGGAAGCAGAGAGAAUUAUCGAACUCCAGCGCUUGGAAAUUCAGCGACUCCGGGACCAAAUUCAGACCCAAGGGCAGGGCCACAUACUGCGGCCCCCAUCUGGAGCUAGACUGCCUGCAUUGACUGCCUGAGAUAUGACAGUCCCCCAGCCUUGUUCACCCUCUCUCUGUUUCGAUGUGUCAACAUAAUAGAGCUCUAUAACUUUUUUGUUAAUAAAGCAGAUUGCGUACC